AUGACCACAGAUUACUGCGACCGAUCGAAUGAGCUGAUGUUGUGUGCUCAGCUGCUUCAUCAGAAAGUGAUGUCAGGUCGCGUUAUCUUAAAGCCUCGAAAAAGUCGACCCGGUGCAAUCGAGGCCUACUUUGGUCAUACUGUUCUUAAGACGCAGCUCACGCCUCUUAUUUACCAAGCUUCCAAUAGUCUUUCUCUUGGCCAAGCUAAAAUGAACCAGAUCAGUAAUUUAACCGAAAGACUAACAUCUUCACCAACAACAGACAAAGUGCUUGCCACUAGUAUCUUUAAUCUAACACGAAACCUUCAAUCAGAUGUAUUAGCUAUCAGUUCCUUCCUACAACAAGUUGCCCGUGUUUCCUCUGAGGUCCAACGUGAAUUCGCUGGUCACCCUCAGGUGUGUAAACAUGUUAAAUCUCUCGUCUCAGUGCAAGAAAGUCGAUUAGCUGAGCUCUCACGAAGACUAAGGGACUAUAUGGAAGCAAAUAAAGUUAUUGUGUCAGAUCAGUAUGAGAAUAUACCUAUAGUUACCGCUCCGUUAAUUGAUCCCCCUCCUACAAAGACCUCUUUUCUAAUUCCCCCUGUGGUUCCUCCUCCGCAAGCGAGCAACAAACGGCCAUCUCCAGGACCUUAUGUAGAAGAACGACGAAGGGAUGAAACCGACGCUCUCCUAAUUUCUGAUCAGGCCUAUCCCUAUCACCAGCAUCAGCAACAACAAAUGGUUGUGCGACAACGAGAAGCCCAGUCAGAAAACGCAACAUCGAUUCGUCAAACAGAAGCCACAAUCGUUCAACUCGGUCAAAUCUAUGAACAAUUUGCCUUUCUCGUUCGUGAACAGGCGGAUGUUGUUAUGCGCAUAGAUGGCAAUGUCGAAGACGCGGCUGCCAAUGUCGACUUCGCUCAUGUCUCUCUGGUGGAAUUUUUACGACACAUUUCCGGUCGCCGGGCUUUUAUGCUCAAAUUCUUUGCCGUUCUUUUAGCUAUCUUCGUUCUUUUCGCUAUUUUCAAGCGAUAA